AUGUCUGGCGCCGCCAACCGCCAGGGAAAGAUGCAAAAUCUAAUCAACUACCGCAUGAAGGUUACACUUCAAGAUGGUAGGCAAAUGGUCGGGCAGAUGCUCGCAUUCGACAAGCACAUGAACCUCGUACUCGCCGACACAGAAGAAUUCCGCCGUACACGAAGAAAGGGCAAAGCCGCCCCGGGCGCAACCCAGCAAGUCACCGAGACCGAAGAGCGACGCGCCAUUGGACUCACCAUUAUCCGCGGUGCCCACGUCAUCUCUCUCUCAGUCGAUGGGCCACCGCCUGCGGAUCCUGCCGCGCGACUUGGAGCAAACUCUGGACCUUCGACUGCUGCAGCGCUGGCCGCAGGACCUGGUGUUGCUCGUCCUGCUGGACGUGGUCUGCCCGUUGGCUUGACUGGACCAGCUCCUGGUGUCGGAGCUCCCGGUCCUGGAUUUGGAGGUGGUUUCCCUGGUGCUCCUGGAGGAUUUGCACCACCUGGCUUCCCAGGUCGUGGAGGUCCGCCUGGUGGACCACCUGGAUUCCCUCCCGCCGGUGGACCUCCCGGCUUUGGAGGACCCCCAGGCUUCGGUGGACCGCCUGGCUUCCCUGGCCGUGGUGGCCCUCCAGGAUUCGGUGGCAGGUAG